AUGCCAAAACCAUUACCUAAAUUAAGUCCUCCUCCAGAGGAUCAACCCGACACUCGAGAUCCAAUCGAGGUAGCGCUGAAACAGCACCUGGAAGAUGUGAGGGAAUGGACAGAAUGGAUGACGAAUGGCGAUCCACAGGGGAUAGGUAGGAUGGAUUAUGGGAUUUAUAGAACUUUUGAAGAAUGGGUAAAGAAAAAAGAAGCAUUAGACGUUAUCGAUGGGAUAUUGCAGAAGAGAUUGACAUUGGGAUUCCCUUAUACCCACAAGGCUCUCAUCCUCGCUCAGAUCAUCCCCUCGGAUCGACUAGGCCCCUACGCCAAACUGGUCGAACCAUUCCUCCCACCCAAAUCACCCUCUGGUCCAGAAGAUAAAGUGGAUAUGCCCAAAUUUUUCAAUCCUUUGAUCGCAAGUAUAGCCCAGGGGAUCCACACGCAGGCUACAGCCGAGAUAGCAAAGCAGGAAGCGGCCAAAAAAGCCGAAGAGGAGAAGAAGAAGCAAGAUGAAGAGAUUGAGAGAUGGGAAUUAUGGUGUAAUCUUUAUGGAAGAUCUAGGGCAGAUUGGUAUCCCCACCCAGGGAAUCCUCAGUGGACGUAUUGGAGUUGGACCGAGAUUGGUAAAGAGGAUUGGUGGAAGGGGAGAAAUGGUUAG